AUGUUCAACAACAUCACCAAGAGGAUCAACCACGUCCGAGAUAUGGUCGACAAUUUGCUGGAGCAGGAUAAACAAAGGAAUCCCGCCCCCAAACAGGCAGCAGGACCCUCCAAGACGGAGGUUGAACAAGAAUUGGGUCCGUCUGCUAUUCUUGCCCGGUUCAACUCCGGAAGCGCCUUCGCCCCCCUAGCUGGCCGACCCUUGCUCCUCCUGGUACCGCCCAUCUUUUCCCUGUUUCCACCACCCCCUCUGCCAGCUCCACGUCCUCAAAGUUUGACGUCAAAGGCCGCACCAUUGUCAAAGGGUGCACCAUUGUCAAAGGCCGCGCCAUUGUCAAAGGCUGGCCCAUCCUCAAAGGCUAAGCCAUUGUCAAAGGCUAAGCUAUCCUCCAAGGCCGGGCCAUCUGGAAAUAGAUACUCAUCGGAGUUGUCUGAUCCCUCAGACAGCAACGAGGUUGAAAUUGUGGAGGAGAAUGUUGAGAUCGUGGCGUCCAUGCUGCCCGCGUCGAACAUAGCCACAAAGACAAGGGCUAGACAAAAGCAAAAGGCAGAAACGACUCUGGCUGAAGCAUCACGCUUGCCCAAAAAAUCCAAGGCCCAAAAAAAGUAG